UUUCAGUUAGAUGAUCUAAAACCCCAUAUGGGAAACCAUCUUCUGCACCUUCUUGGUUUUCUUCUUCUUUUCCUAACAGCACCAUUGGUUGCAUCUGCGCAGGCUACUAAUUCUAGUAGUAAUAGAAACAUCACUCUUGGGUCGUCCAUUGUUGCAUCAGUUAAUUCUCUAGCAUGGCAAUCACCUUCUGGUGACUUUGCCUUUGGCUUUCAUCAAAUAGAAGGUCAAAAACUGUACUUGCUUGCUAUCUGGUUCGACAAAAUACCAAACAAAACAUUGGUUUGGUAUGCAAAUGGAGAUAAGCUAGCCCCAGAAGGAUCUAAACUUGAGCUUAAAACAGAUGGUGAACUCAUUCUUGAGAAUCCAGAUGGUAAAGUCCUCUGGAGACCAAGUCUUAUUAGAGACAUAGGCGUUUCUUAUGCUUCGUUGUUGGAUACAGGGAAUUUCAUCCUUGCUAGCAGCGAUUCUAGUCUUGUGUGGCAAAGUUUUGACCACCCUUGUGAUACAAUCUUGCCUACACAAAUAAUUGACACUAAAAAGUCACUGUCUUCUAGGACAGCAGAGAAUAACUUCUCGAGGGGGCACUUUGAGCUUCGUUUGAUACCCGAUGGCAAUCUUGUGCUCAACACCUUUGCACUGCCAACAGGAAAUGCAUACGAGGCAUACUUUUGGAGCCACACGGUUGAUACAAAAUAUCCUAAUGUGACGGGAAACAGGCUAAUCUUUAAUGAGUCUGGUUACCUUUAUAUUAUUAUGACCAGCAGUAGGAUUGUGAAUAUAACUUCUGGAAAUAUUGUUCCAGCAAGAAACUACUAUUACAGGGUUAUUCUUGAAUAUGAUGGUGUGUUAACUCAAUAUGCUCAUCCCAGGGUGCCAAAAAACGGAAAGUGGGAGGGGAGCUGGUUCACAGUUUGGUCUAAACCAGAUGAUAUCUGCUCAGCCAUUCAGGGUCAAUUUGGUCUAGGAACUUGUGGUUUCAAUAGCUAUUGCAUGCUUAACUCAAAUGGAAGGCCAAAUUGUAAGUGUCUUCCCGGAUUUAACUUUUCUGAUCCAAGCAAUGAGUUCAAGGGUUGUGAACGCGAUCCAAUCCAAAGAUGCAAUUUGGAUGAUACUAAUCCGGAAGAUCUGUAUGAUAUGUACCCUUUAGAUAACAUAUUUUGGCCUAAUUCUGCAAACUAUGAGGUAAUGGAGUCCCUUAAUCAAGAUCAAUGCCGGAACUCUUGUUUGUAUGACUGUAAUUGUGUGGUUGCAGUAGAAAAAUCGGGAACCUGUCAUAAAAAGAAGAUGCCAGUUUCUAAUGGAAGGAGGGAAGAGGUUGACGGCAAGGGUUUUGUUAAAGUGUUGAUAUCUAGUAUCCCCUCCGGUGAUUUCCCAUAUUCACCAUCAGAAAGGGGAAAUGGGAAGAAAGAUAAGUCAGCAUUUUCCAUCUUGGGAUCAGUUCUCCUUGGCACCUCUGCCUUUUUCAACUUUGCUUUUUUGGCAUUUACUGCAGAAGACCACGAUGUGUUGGUUCAUCAAGCAUCCCCGAGACAAAUUUGA